AUGUUAACCGGGUUGACCGUUUUGCUCUUAAUCGUGGUCGUCGAUGUCUGGAUCUUGGCCGAUCCAACCGGUGCCAUCGAUUUUGGCUAUCAUCCGAGUGCCGAGGAGUUCGAUAGUUUAGUGCGUCAGGGAUGGGAUCGUAAUCUCAUCCAGCGUCGCGUCCAAGAUCGCCGUUUUGUGCCGCGUUAUCAGCACCAGACCUCCAUACGUUUCGAGCCACCCGAAUUGGAUUUCCAACUAUUCGAUAAGGACCCAGAGCAAUCGCAGCCGUAUGUCUUUGAGUCCGUGGAGGAUAGUCAACCGGGAUCCUCAAUUUCCGAUCAAUUUCAUGUUCAAAGCGAGCUGCUGGAGAUUAAGGAACCAGAACCCAAACCCAAACCCAAUGCAAAACCGAAACCACAUUCCCCAGGCAAUAAUGCAACCACAUUUCCCAUAUACUUCACCCACCCAACCACCGGGAUUGUGUAUGCCAUCAGUCAAGUGGGAUUGGGUCAGAAUCCAAGUAAUAUACCCACUCAAAGUCGAAACGAUAGCAAUUCCAUUGCCAUUUAUGUAACCAAGGCACAGUAUGAUGCCGAUCUGGAGAAUCUGCGAAGGCAAUACGAACAGCACUGUCAAUCUAUACCACCUGGCACGGUUAUAUCCACCCUGAAUCCAGUCCAUAAUGGAGGAACCACAGCCAGGCCUCAGAUUAUACGAUUGAAGAAGCCAAAAAAGCCGCUAAACAAGCCAAGUAACAAGCUACCCAAGCCAAAUCAUCGACCACCGCCUGUGAUGGUAACCAGUGGACCCAUCAAUCAUGUAAGUGAUCAGCUGCUGAAGUUGCCCCACCGUAACAGCAACAGCAACAGCACCACCACCAGCACCACUCCAAAGCCAAAUACGCGAAGAAAGAGACGCAAGAAGAAACCAAAGAACAAGACUAAAGUGAUCAAAAAGAGACCGGGUUAUGGGGGGAAUAAUACGAGGAAUUCCCAGGGUCCUUUACCCAUUAUCUUGGGUAAGAGACCCAGCACCACUAGCACCACCACGCGACCACCGCCGGCUUAUACGCAAGUGGAGAAACCACAUAUGCCGCAAGCCACUUUGCCAACGGCCAAUGUCUUCAGUCAGCAUUUAUUGAGAACUGGCGAAGAGCCAUCGGAAGAAAGUGAAACACUGGAAGAACAGGAACCCCUCGAGGUGGUGGAACCACUAAAUCUUCGAAGACGCCGCUCGCUAGAAUUUAAUGGAGCUAAACUAAUAGAGCCACUUUAUCCAGGAAGACAUUCUUUUUCUCUAAAGACUCUGACUAAAAUGGAAAUUGUGAAAAAAGCUUUUAAGAAGUCAAGAAAAGAAUUUAAAGAAGCUAAGCUAACUAAGCGUUCUUUGAAGAAUCUGGAAGAAAGAGAGAACCCCCAAGGAAUUGGUAAUUCUAAAAGACUUCACCGUAGGCAACGUCGAUCUUUGGUUGAGGUCAAAACAGGAUCAAAGGAUUCACAAAAUAAAGUAGCCCUUGGAUCGCAAAAUGUUGUGGCAGCUCGACGAGUGAAUACCCCUAAACGACGCUCACCCAAGGGGAAGUCCAGGAAGCGCAAGACCAAACAGAAAUCGCCAGAACCCACUCAGAAGAAAGAGACCAACUCAGGUGGUGUCCUACACAUUCCAACUGCUCUACAUCUACUUCACCGAAAUCAUAGUCAUGAAGAAUUACCCAAAGUAUCCUUAACUACUAAUCAGAAUAAAACUAAAACUAAAACUAAAACUAAAACUAAGACUAAGGAACGCAAACGUGGACGACCCGAGUUGCCCAGCUUUGAUAUAUUCGAACUAAUGUCUGGUGGGGAUUACGAGGAUGAAGAAGAGGAGGAGGACGAUGAUGAUGACUACUAUUUCGAGGUUGGGGAAAAUAAUAAGGACAGACCAAGACCCAAUCAAAGUAGCAGCACAGAGGCCCAGAGUGAUCUCAAGGAAGAUAGCAGCUCCGCUGAGGAGGGCGCUGAUUUUGGAGCAAUGGUUGAGGAGGAAACAACGACCACAUCGGCUAUAUCAAGCAGCGAGGAAGAGGAUGCCACCUCUAGUACCAAGAAUUCCAUGGCCAAGAAGAAGAUCCGCAUCAAGAGGCGACCAGUCGAGUCCGAUGAAGAUUACGAUGAUGACGAGGACUCUGGAAUAGGUGGUUUCUUCCGCAUGAUCUUCUAUCCCGUCCAAGUGGCCAUGUCACGAUUCAUGGAUGGCUUUGGUACUCCGGAUGAGGAAGAGGACAAGGAACCAGCCAGUCCACCCAUAUCAAAGUAUCCAAGCUAUACACUCUAUCACAGUGCCCACAGCAAUGAAGCCUAUGCCGAGCCAGAAGAUGAGGAUUCGGAGGAUGACGAUGAUUCCUCCUCGCUUGGCAGCUGGUUUAGCUCUUGGUUUGGUUUGCAGCGACGCAACAAGAAGAUCGGUAGUACCACUACUACCACCACGGUGCCAGUGCCAUUGCCACCACCCACGAAGGACCCACCCGGAUGGCUGGAAUCCUGGUUUGGAUUUGGCAAGCCCGCCACGGAGGCAGAUGGCGAGGAUGACUAUGACAAAUGGUUUUCCAGCUGGUUCGAUUCGAGGCCAAAACGUAAGGUCAGACGUCGAUCCACCACCUCCACGUCGACCACCUCAACCACAACGACGACUCACACACCGUCGGCGGCUGCCCAAGUGCCCAUCCUAACCAUUGUGGAUCCACUGAGGAAUCCACAAAAUUGGAUUGGCAUAUUGGCCCAUCAUAUUGUCAAUUCGACGGGCAAUGCCAUGGCAUCCACAACCACCAGUAAUCCGUUGCUUCAGGCACUGGCCACUCGGAUGACGACCAGGGGAACUACAAGCACCACAACCACCACAUCCAGGCCAGAGGUUCCCAGGCGAAUAAGCUAUGAUAAGUAUCAGAUAUGGCGACUCAAGCCGCAGGAUGAGGAGCAGGUCCGAGCGCUGGAGGAGUUCAAGAAGGGCGAAGAUGGAGUUAAGAUGCACUGGCUGAAGGGACCCAGUCUCCGAGGCCUCACCGAUGUCCUGGUGCCCCCCAAGAUGCUCGUGGACUUCCAGGGCACCCUCAACUACGAGAGCAUUGCCCACGAAGUUCUCAUCUUCGAUGUGGGCAAAGCCAUUGCCUACGAGCUGGCCAAAGAGGAUUAUCUCCAUACAACUCGUCCUUCGAAGCCAAGACCAAAGCCCACAGUGCCACCGCCCAUGAACUGGAAUCGUUACCACAACCACGAUGAGAUCGUUAAGUAUUUGGAGACGGUGCGCAUGCGCCAUCCUCAACUGGUUGAGCUCAUCCACAUCGGUCGUUCAUACGAGGGGCGUCCUUUGAUUGUGGUAAAGAUCGAGUCCAAACAGUCGGCGGCGAUGGCAAAUAGUGAGGAUCAACACACCGUCAAGCGACCCAAGAGGAAGCGAAAGACUGGCCAAGCUAACGCUGUGUUUGUGGAGGCCGGAGCUCAAGGAAUGGCCUGGAUUGGACCUGCGACGGCCACCUGGAUGAUAGCUGAGCUACUGCGACUGAUGAAGACAAACAAAAGCAACGAGGAUGUGGAAUUCAUAAGGAACACCACCUGGUACGUUAUGCCAGUUCUAAAUCCCGAUGGAUAUGCCUAUAGCCACGAGUAUGAUCGUUUCUGGAAGAAAUCAAGAUCACAGCACCAAACUCCGCCACCCAGUGGCCUCCUCGACUCGGCGAUGACUUGGCUCCAGCAGAAACGGGGUCCGGAUAAGGUCUGCCAUGGUGUGGAUCUAGACAGGAAUUGGCUCUAUCAUUGGGGUAAACGGGGCAGCUCCAAAUCGCCCUGCAACGAGUUCUACGCAGGCCCAGCUCCAUUUUCCGAACCGGAAACCAAGGCAGUCUCCGAAUUCCUCAUGGACUAUAGAACGCAAAUCAAGCUGUAUAUAUCCCUGCAAGCCUAUGGCCAAGUGAUUUCCUAUCCAGUCAAAGCCAAUUCUACUUUUAAUUCAGAGAGAUUGGAUGACUUCCUGGACGUGGCAAUGGUGGGCACCGAUGGAUUGCGCAAGAAGGGCAGUAAAUCUCGAUAUAAGGUCGAUGCCUCUAACGAUCUAAUCGAGCAGCGAUCGGGCUGCGCGGACGCCUUUGCCGCCUACGAGAUCGGUAUACCCUUCAGCUAUACGAUCCAAUUGGCGGACAAUGGAGUGCAUGGCUAUCUGCUGCCCAGCAGCGCCAUCGAGCCCACGGCUCGGGAUGCCUUCGAAAUCAUCAGCGGCAUGCUGGACUACAUUUGAGCCUUCAUUUGGGAUAAAGUCAGUCAGGGAUUCGGGGCAAGUCAGGGCAGGGAGGGCUACAUGUGAAAGAGUUUUAGUUCCUUUUUUUUUUUUGAUCGGGCUUUUGUGGC